UUCCUUUUUCUUCCUUACCCCCAUCUCUGUGCCUCGUGGCUCUUUUUCACCUCUUCUUCACAAGUGCAAAAAAUGACGAAUCGACACGGCUAGGCUGAUAUUUGCUUUUCUAUAUUCUUACCCUUUCACCACGCGCGAUAUUUUUUCUUCUACCUAUUCUUACCUCGCCGCGGUUUCUUAUUUUUUUCGAUUCUUCCGGGUUUGGCCUGCCCGCACGUCUGUAUUGUUUAUUGUGUUUUUUUCGCGCGCCUUGGUCCGUCCCUGCAGACGGGGCUUCGGACGAGGCGCGGAUGGAAGGACUGCCGAGCCAUGCAGCAGCAGCAGCAGCAGCGAGCAAAGUGUCUUUGCUUUGCUUUGCUUUGCUUUGCUUUGCUUUGCUUGCUUGCAUGUGCGCACGCAGGAACGGGGGUGCGUGCCAUAUAGUAGCAGCUACAUACACACUCACACACGACAAAUCGAACAGCAGCGCAGCGACGAGCGGCGGCGGCGGUGGCGGCAUUACCUACCUAGGUAUGUAUGCUGCCCCGCCGGCGCGCACCGCGGCGCCUGCUUGCUUGCCUCCGUCCACAUGGUAUCCAUCUAUGUUCGGAGCGCGCGUUCUUCCUUCCAAACCACUUCCCAGUUGCCUUUCGUGCUUGUUCGUUCGUCCACCAACAGCGUCGCUGCGUCGCCCCCUUCGCUUGACGUGCCCGCCCUGCAUUGCAUGCGUGCGUGCGUGCAUGCGCGCGCGCGCGUAUCGACAUACCACGGUACAGUGCGUAGCCGAGCUGCGCGGCCUGCCCUAUCCCGUCGCGUCGCGGCCGCGCAGGUCGGUCAGAGGCCGUCGGUCGCGGGCCGCCGGGGCCCUUGUCCUUGUGCUUGUGCUUGACUUUUUUUUUUCUUUUAAAAACUGGAGUCGAAGUCUUGGCCCUUGAUUUGACUCGCCGCCCGCUGCGCGUCGUCAAUCCCUUUCCGCUUCGGGCGGCGCAGGCGGUUUCGAGUGCUCGUUUUGGGAGGGGGUGGGAUGGGAUGGGAUGGGAUUCGAUUGGGUCACUGGGAUUGGUGGUGACUGGGGUCGGAGACUCGGAGAUAUGGAGGGCGCCCGGCGCGGGAGGGACGACCGGGGUGCGGCACGCACGUGGGUGGGUGGGCUGUCACUGGAUAUAGGUGGGUAUGGGUAUGGGUAGGUAGGUGGGUAGGAUGAGAUGGUUACGUAGGUACAAUAUUGUGGGAUUCAGGUACGCGCAACGGGAUUUGCAUUAGCAUUUGGCAUUUCGCUUUUUUGCAUUUGCAAAUGGCAUGACUUGGGGAGAGAGGAACGGGAAAGUAGGGCCGUGGCCG